GGCAGGCGGGCCGGGGACUGGGCGCGAUGACGGCCGAGCUGCAGCAGCAGGCCCCGGAGGGGGGCGCGUCCGCUGCCGAGAGCCGAGGGCGGAACUGCAGUGUGCUCAUAAACCAGCUGAGAGAAGUCACCGGCAUUCAGGAUCCUGAGUUCCUCGAUGCAGCCCUGAAGGCUGCUGAUGGGAACCUAUAUCAGGCUGUUAGCUUUCUCACUGAGGGCCGUGCUGAAGAUCUGGACCAGGAAGCCAUCGCUGCAGAACCAUCCAACUAUGAAGGAAGUGAGGUUGGCGAAGAACAGGCAACCAGUCCAAUUGAUGCAACACAAGAUCAUAAUACUGACAUGCAGAAAGUCAUUUCUUCUGGGGAUCAGGAUUUUCCAAGAAUUCAAGUCCUGGAGAAGGAUCCUAACACACCAGUGAAUGUAGGCUACGAGUCGAGCCUGUCUGAAAACAAAAUUUGCUCCAAAAGGAAACGAUACGAAGCUUUGGGAGACGCCACCGCUCAGAAUGACUGGAGGAGAGCUGGUGAUUGGCCAGUAGGGCUGAAAAACGUUGGGAAUACUUGCUGGUUCAGUGCAGUCAUACAGUCUUUUUUCCAGCUGCCAGAAUUCCGACGGUUAGUUUUCAGCUACUCCCUUCCUCACAGUGUUCUUGAAAGCUUUUGCAGCCAAAGCGAAAAGAGGAAAAUCACAUUCAUGCUGGAACUCCGGGGUCUCUUUGCUUUAAUGCUGGGAACAUUCCGCAAAUUUGUAGACCCUACUGCAGCACUGGAACUGAUCAGAGAUGCAUUCAGAACUCCUGAGGAGCAGCAGCAAGAUGUGAGCGAGUUUACCCACAAACUUCUGGAUUGGCUGGAGGAUGCUUUCAAGCUGGCUCUGAAUGUUAAUGGUAACUCCCAGGAUAGGUCCGAGAACCCAGUGAUUCAGCUCUUUUAUGGGACUUUUCAAACGGAAGGUGUCCAUGAAGGCGAGCCUUUUUCCAAAACGGAGACCUUUGGCCAGUAUCCCCUGCAGGUAAAUGGCUAUAAGAACUUGUACGAGUGUUUGGAAGGAGCCAUGGUAGAGAAAGAAACUGAAUCCUCGCCUUCUAAUCAAUCAGUGAAAUACGGGCAAGAGCGCUGGUUUACAAAGCUUCCUCCAGUGUUGACGUUUGAGCUUUCCCGGUUUGAGUUCAAUCAGUCGCUCAGACAGCCAGAGAAGAUACACAACAAGCUAGAAUUCCCACAGAUAAUUUAUAUGGACAGGUUCAUGUAUGUUAAUAAAGAACUUAUUCAAGCCAAAAGAAAGGAAAACAAGAGACUGAAAGAUCAGAUAGCAAUUCUACAGCAGAAAUUGGAACGAUACAUGAGAUACGGUUCCGAUGCAGGCCGUUUCCCCUUGCCGGACAUGCUGCAGUCUGUUCUUGAAUUUGCAAAUACUCGGCCGUCGACGGUGGCGUGCCCAACAGGGCCCCAGGCCAAGCGCCAAACUUCAGAGGUGUCCCUGAUACAAAGCAGCAGGGUAGCAAUGCAGACGGAGAGUGUUGAAGAUGUGGCUGGAGCAGAGGUCGCAGCUCACCAGGAACUAGUGAAGGAGCCCCUUCAGCCAUCCAGAUUACCCGUGGAGAUGCCAGAAUAUCCCGCUCCUCACGUGAUCACGGAGGAUGAAAUGAAUCUUGUUACGACCUGCCUGCAACGAUGGAGAGAAGAGGUUGAGCAAGACAUAAGAGAUCUGAAGAACUCCAUUGAGCUGCUUUCCCAGUCCAGUGAACAGAUGUACUCUGAACCUCAGCUUCAUCAGGUCCCUUACCACUUGCACGCUGUCCUGAUCCAUGAAGGCCAGGCCAAUGCUGGCCAUUACUGGGCCUAUGUCUACAGCCAGGCCCGAAAGAGCUGGCUCAAAUAUAAUGACAUCUCUGUGACAGAGUCAUCCUGGGACGAAGUGGAGAAGGAUUCUUUUGGAGGCCUGAAGAAUAUCAGCGCCUACUGCCUGAUGUACAUAAACGAAAAGCUCCCGCACGUCACUGCAGACUUUGAUGAGGAGCAGACCCAGAGAGAAGUGGACGCGCUGCCUCCGGAACUUCGGCACUACAUAGAAUGCAACAACUUGAAGCUGGAACAAGAGGUGGCAGAGUGGGAGGAGCAGUCCUCCAAGAUGGCCCAGAUAGAUCAGUCUUCGUCGUCGGUGGAUUCUCAAUAUCUGUCUUCUGACUCAAUGCCAGAACAAUCCAGCCCCUGCAAGCUGGAGAUAAGUUCCCUCUCCACUGAACAUGCCAGGAUCAGCCAGGACCAGACGGCUCAAGCCAUUGCCAAGACAAACGAUACAUAUGAGAAGGCUGGUGGACCGAAAGCUCUUGACAAGUCCAAGGAGGCAGAACCAGUGAAUGCCCUCCCCGAAGAAGGAAGCCUUGCAGCUCAGGCAGAGGAACAACAGGAUGUUAAGGGGAUGGAGACCCCUGCCCCGCCUAGCUCACAGAUUUCUGAAGUGGAGAUCCCCAGUGUGGGAAAGAUCCUAGUUAGAUCGGAUGCUGAUGGAUAUAAUGAGGAGGUGAUGCUUAGUCCCGCCAUGCAAGGUGUGAUCCUGGCUAUUGCUAAAGCCCGACAGACCUUUGAUCGGGAUGGCUCUGAAGCAGGGCUAGUCAAGGCAUUCCACGAAGAGUAUUCCAGGCUCUACUCGCUGUCCACAGAGAUCCAAACGCCACAAAACGACCCGCGGCUUCAGCACGUCCUGGUUUACUUCUUGCGGAACAGCGCUCCCAAGCAAGUGGUGGAGCGGACGCUUCUGGAGCAGUUUGCAGACAAAAACCUCAGCUUUGAUGAAAGGUCAAUUAGCAUCAUGAAGGUAGCUCGAGCAAAGUUAAGAGAGAUUGGUCCUGAUGAAGUGGAUAUGGUUGAGUACAAGAAAUGGCAUGAAGACUACAGUUUGUUUCGCAAGGUGUCUGUUUACCUCUUAACAGGCUUGGAGCUCUACCAGAAUGAACAGUACUACGAGGCUCUAACAUACCUGAUAUAUGCCUACGAGCGAAAUAAGCCCCUGUGGAUGAAGGGCUUCAACAGAGCUGCGGAUGCAUCUUUAAUUGCUCUCUACAGGAGGAAAUGCCUCUUGAAGUUGAACGAAGCUGCAGCAACUCUGAUCGAAAGCAAAUUUAAUGCAGACGAAGGGAUGAGUAUCUUGAAUGAGCUGAUCAUCCCCUGCGUCCAACUCAUCAUAAGCGACGCCGUGUCCAAGGACGAUCUCCAUGCCAUCGAGGUCAUGAGAAAUCGCUGGUUUGCUUAUGUGGAAAAAGUCAUGAAUGCCGACGUGAAACAGAAGCUGACCGAACUUCUACCCCGUCUGCUGGAUGAUUCAUCAGAAGGAAUCGUUUUGAAAGAGCCGCCCGGAAUACGCCCCAACUCACCCUACGAUCUCUGCAACAGAUUUGCAGCUGUUAUGGAGUCCAUUCACGGGGCAUCGACAGUGACUGUAAAAUAAAAACCUGCUGCCUCUACGGCCUUGAGCACUGGAGGCCACAGACCGCCGGAGUGUGGAAUCCAGCAGCCAACUACCUUUGGAACAGAUCAAGGAGCAGAGAGACAAUCCAUACCCAGACCCAACCAAGAGUGCGUGUGUCUAGAAAAGGACUAAAAGGAGCAUGGCACCGUUUUGGUGUGCGUGAUAUAUGGGCAGACACUAAUUGGAACAUGCACUGAGGUUUCACAGUUUUACACUGGCCUGUAAUGGCACUUGCCUUUGCUUCCUACAAGAAUAUAGUGGGAAGGUGUGUUUUUUUUUCUUUGAGAAAUGUGCAAUCUCAAACUAAGCAUUGUACACACAUAUGCACACACGCACAUAGGCCUGCAUUGCCUCACUUAUACAUGUGUGGCCAGUCAUUUAAUAUGCUUAUUAUGAGUGUUCCAUGCACACUGUAUUAGCAUUUUAAAUGCACUCACCACACAUGCUGGUCCAUUGAUGUGCAGUUACCAUGCCUUUGCUAACUCUUCACAUGAGUAGGCCAAGACAUGGAAGUGCUUUUAAAUGAGAUGGGGCCCUUGUGGAUCACUUGCAUGCAUAAACACAUAACCCAUGCCCACAUCCUGUUUUUAAAGUGAUCCUCAGUGACAUCAGAGCAGAAUUGGUUCAGGGAAUAAGCCAGUCUGAGCCAUAAGUAGGGGUUUAAUAAAUACGCUUGCCUCUAGGGAAAAGAAACUUAAAUAUAAGACCGUAAAUUGGGGUAUUUCCCAGAUUCCUUCUGGUGCUGAGCUAGCAGAAGGAGAUGCCAAGCUGUGUUGUACGUGAUGCAGGCGUUCAGGUAUAUCGUGUGUGUCAGUCACUCAAAACGCAGCAGCUGCUUUCCCAGGGGGACACGGGACAGAAUCGUGAUGGUGGCAGUAUUGUACGAUGGCAACAGAACUGCAGAAAUCAUUCCACCACAAGAGUAGAGACGGAAAACAACCCAUGAGGAAGUAGUUGUUGUUUUGACCUCCCAAAUUAUUUCCUUCAGCAGAGAAAUCAACGAAUUUUAAUUACCAGAGUAUUAUUGGAGGUGGCAAGUGCAUUAAAAGUCAGGAUGAAACCAUU